CCACAGCCUUUAUAUAUAGGUGAUGUUCUGUUAAGUCUAGUCACCACUGGCUUGUGACAGCCUGAAUUUAAAAUGCAUGUUUUAAUCCAUAGCUUCAUCCUCGUGUCAUGGAUGUAUACUGUGUCUGUUGGGGCCCAAGGUUGUAAAAUAGACGAUUUUAACGCUCUAAACAAAGAAGGUUUCACAACACAUAAUUUGCAGAAGGAAUAUCCUGUGGGAUCCAAGGUCAGAGUGCUCUGCCAAACUGGCUAUGAGGGGUUCUACAAAAUGGAGUGCAGGGAAGACGGAACCUGGUUUUCCCAAAACGAGGACUGUAAACGUAAGCAGUGUGGACACCCAGGGGAAUCACCAAAUGCGGACUUCGAACUUACAGACAAAAGCAACGAUUUCUCCUUUGGUUCAGCAGUUCUGUAUAAAUGCAAACCAGGUUACGUGAUGAUAAGCAGGUCUCCCAUUCGAACGUGCGUGAGCCAAGGCUGGAGUAACGCCGUCCCUGUCUGCGAGGCGCUGAAAUGCCCGCCUCUUGAUAUAGACAAUAACAUGUAUGCGUACGGCGAGUAUUUGGAGGCCACCUCUGGCACCGUGGUCACUUUCAAGUGCAAGUCAAGCAACAUGAUAGUGGAUGGGACGGGGAACAUUGACUGUAACAACCAGGGAGAAUGGAGUGGAAAAGUUCCAACAUGCAAAAUUUUCAAAUGUGGCGCUCCAAAUAUUGAAAACGGUGCAGUCAGGAAUAGGAAGGAUGAUUACAAUGAGAACGACGUCCUGGAUUAUGAUUGUAACGAUUCAUACAAAAAGUUUAAUACAAACAUGAAUCCUCGAUGUGUUAAAACGGGCAAUUCCGCCCAGUGGAAUCCGCACCCUAGAUGUGAAGAAAUAAAAUGUGAAUUAACGCCAUCAGAGAAAGGCUCUUAUACCCCUUCUGGUAAAACAAUAUUUUCAAUUGGUGACCGACUGAUGGUGCAAUGUAGUCCUGGGAACUGGAUUCAACAAAGUCGCAAACCUUCAGAAACUGCAACAUGUCAAAAAAAUGGAUUUUGGAGACCGGGCCCACACGCCCCCGUUUGUGAAGAGAUAAGAUGCUUUCGACAAACUGUCCCACAUUUAAAUAUGAAGCCACGGAAAGAGUCGUACAGGUUGCAGGACAGUGUCCAGUUUGACUGUGAUUCCGGUUAUAAGUUAGAAGGCUUUGCCGACGCUCGGUGCACUACGAUUGGCUGGUCUCCAAUUCCAACAUGUAAAGAGAUUACAUGUGAUCCAAAUGAUAUAAAAAACAUAUAUAUUCCACAAACCCAACAUGUAUACAAAUAUGGAGAAACACUGCAGUAUAAUUGUGAGGAAAACUUGUCAAAAAUACUUUCUGUCCGCUGCACUAUUAAUGGAUGGGAUCACACACCUCAAUGUUCCGGAACCGACAAAUGUAAAUCCAUUAAAAAUGGAUUUGUGGUAGAGAAUGGAAAAAAGAAAGAAUCAAACUUCACGUUAUAUUAUGCCUGCAACGAUGGGUACAAGCUAUCACAUGGGGGCUGGUGGGAUGGAGCGGACUGUAAGGAUGGAGUAUGGACAGGACUCAAACCCUGCAUCGAAAAAUCUAGAUGUCACACACUUCCUGAAAUACCGCACAGAAUAAGUAUGGUAGGCCGACAACCGGAGGACGGCUUUACUGGCAGCGUAAAGAUUCAGUGUGAAGAGGGAUACAGGACUAAAGAUAGUAAUAUUAUAUGUAAGAAUGGAAGCUGGGAAACACCACUACCCAAGUGCACACGCAAAGAGGAAACGUGCACCUCCCCACCGAAAGUUGAAAACGCAGUCGUUCUGACUGCGUUUCGGAGCGGAUAUGCGGACAAAUCCACGGUAGAAUAUGCAUGUCGCAAGUCUUAUGAAUUAAGAGGAAAUAAAACAAUCAAAUGUACGAGUGGAAACUGGAACACAUCGCCAACAUGCACAGGAAAACCAGAACCAGGUACAGGAACUGAAUCCUCGACCCAGCAGCCCCCGGGACAGCAUCAACCUUUCCCCAACCCCCAACAUGACCCCGACCUCAAAUCCAACACAUCGAUCCAAGACAAACCUAAAAAUGAGCCAUAAAAGCGCAGCACUUGCAAGUGACCCAAACUAAAUACCAGCCAUGUGUAACCUUUUUAGUUGUGCAACUGCUUAAUUGUAAACCAAAGGUUAUAGCCUACCUGUCUCACCUAAAUUAGUGUGAUGUCAAAUCCCAAGCCUACUGCGGUGAGCAAAAAUGUGAGUCUAUCCUAAUUGUACAUGUAUUAUGAAGUACCAGUGCUUUUAGUUCAAAGUAAUAUCUGAAAUUUCGUGAGGUAUGACAAAUGUUUUGGGAAUUUAACAUCGGCUAUUGGCUUGACAUGCACAAUUAUUAUUUUUUUGACAGUUGUGAGUAGGCUUACAUAUUUUGACUUGAUGAAUAAACAUGGACAGUGUUUGAACCAUA